AUGUCCGGGCGCGGCAAGGGAGGCAAGGGGCUGGGCAAGGGCGGCGCCAAGCGCCACCGGAAGGUGCUGCGCGACAACAUCCAGGGCAUCACCAAGCCGGCGAUCCGGCGGCUGGCGCGGAGGGGCGGCGUGAAGCGCAUCUCGGGGCUCAUCUACGAGGAGACCCGCGGCGUGCUCAAGAUCUUCCUCGAGAACGUCAUCCGCGACGCCGUCACCUACACCGAGCACGCCCGCCGCAAGACCGUCACCGCCAUGGACGUCGUCUACGCGCUCAAGCGCCAGGGCCGCACCCUCUACGGAUUCGGCGGCUAG